CAGAGCUCUGGCUAAAAACUGUCAAAAGUUUUGCAACUCCUGGAAGCUUCACUGGAAUAGGAUCGCCCAUUUUUUUGCAAUUUCUCUCCCGUUCCUGCUGUUUCCAUACAGCAGAUAAAAGAGGAUACAAAGGGAACUUAGUUAUUCUAUUACCGGCUUAUUGACAGGAUUGAUUGGUUUUUAUUUCUAAUGGAUUGUAGUAGCUCAUGGAUUUAAUGUCAGUAAUUCAUUGGUAGUUAAAGAAAGGUGAGAAAAAUAACCUAUAGAAGAAAGGACGAGAAACCAGGGAUUUAGCUACCCAGUGAUGGGUAACAGCAGAAGAAACAUCAUGAGGGCAUCUUGGAUGGACAUUAGAAUUCAUGGGACUUCAGUGUUUCUUCUAAUGGUCAUUGCUCACUCCUGUUUUGCCCAGGAAGAGAAGAGAGUCUGCUUCGGUACAAGCAACCUGUUCAAUCAGGUGGGAUCAACAGAUGAUCACUACAACAGAUUACAACGGAUGUACACUGACUGUGAGAUUGUGCUUGGAAACUUGGAAAUAACCAACAUAAAUCGAAAUCAGAGUGCUGAUUUUUUAAAGAGCAUACAAGAAGUGGGUGGUUAUGUUCUUAUAGCACUCAACGCUGUUAAAACCAUUCCACUGGACAAUCUCCGGGUUAUCCGAGGAAACACACUAUACAAAGACCAAUAUUCACUCAGCAUUUUGUCUAACUGGUUUAAUAAUAGCAACGCUUUGGAAGAACUACCCAUGAGACAAUUAACUGAAAUUCUUAGAGGAAGUGUUAAAAUCAGUGGAAAUAAAAAACUAUGCAGCAUGAAUACAAUCCAAUGGCGGGACAUCGUGAACCACAAUUAUAUGAGCUCACUAAAUGUGGACCCUCCCAGCAGCUACAGAUGUAAAGCUCCAGUAUGUGAUGCAUCCUGCAAUGGAUCAUGUUGGGGACUUGGCCCAGAAAACUGUCAAACACUUACAAAAGUUAUUUGCGCCCAGCAGUGCCCAGGUCGGUGCAGAGGUCUAAUGCCCAGUGAUUGCUGUCACAGCCAGUGCGCAGCUGGUUGUACAGGUCCUAAAGAAAGCGAUUGCUUGGUCUGCCGCAGUUUUCGUGAUGGUGAAAGAUGUAAAGAUUCCUGUCCUCCUAUACAAACAUAUAACACUGUUACUUUUCAAAUAGAGCAUAACCCUGCUGGGAAGUACAGUUUUGGAGCCUCUUGUGUUAAAAAAUGUCCCCAUAACUUUGUUGUUAUGGAACCUGGGUCAUGUGUUCGUACAUGCAGUGAAGAUUCUCACGAAAUUGAAGAAAAUGGUGUUCAUAAAUGUAGGAAAUGUGAUGGGCCAUGCAAUAAAGACAUAGUUUGCAGUGGCAUAGGAAAUGGAAUCCUCAAAAAUGUUGUAUCCGUAAAUGCUUCAAAUAUUCACCUGUUUGAAAACUGUACAAAGAUAAACGGAGACCUGAGCAUUUUGGCUGUUGCAGGAAGAGGUGACCCAUACACAAACACUUCUAUAAUGGAUCCCAAAAAACUGUACAACUUUAAAUCUCUUCGAGAAAUCACAGGUUAUUUAAUGAUUCAGUGGUGGCCAAAAAAUUACACCAGUUUAGAAGUCUUCGAAAAUCUUGAAGUAAUUAGAGGCAGAACAAAGCAAAGUGGUUACACUCUGGGUGUACUGGUUGAUCACCUGAAGUCACUGGGAUUGAGAUCACUUAAAGAAGUGAGUGAUGGCGAUAUUUCAAUUAGGUCAAGCAAGAGCCUUUGCUUUGCUGAUAGCCUCAACUGGACCAAAAUCUGUAGAACAAAUCAACAAGUGAAAUUCACAAACCUGAAAAGUCCAGAGGAGUGCGCUGCUGAAGGAAACGUUUGUGAUGAGUUAUGUAGCCAAGAUGGAUGUUGGGGGCCUGGACCGUCUCAGUGUUUUUCCUGCCAUUUGUAUAGCCGAGGCACAGAAUGUGUAAAGACCUGCAACUUUUACACUGGAGAACCACGGGAAUAUGAGAUUGAUGGAACAUGUUAUGCCUGUAACCCAGAAUGCCUGCCACAGAAUGGCACUAUCACCUGCACAGGGCCGGGCCAAGAUGACUGUAAGCAAUGCGCCCACUACAGAGAUGGUGCCUUUUGUGUGGAGACCUGCCCAGCUGGAUUCAGAGGGGACAAUGACAGUUUGACCUGGAAGUAUCCUGAUGCAACUAAACACUGCCAGUUUUGCCAUCCUGACUGCAAAUCAGGAUGCAAAGGACCAGGCACUGAAGGUUGUGCAGUUCCUGUGUCCCGAUUUGCAUCUAUUGCUGCUGGAACAGUUGGUGGAAUUCUCAUAGCUGUUUUACUAGGACUCCUAAUCUUUUUCUUUGUCCGCAAGAGGCACAUUACUAGAAAGCGUACAAUGCGUAGGAUACUACAAGAGAGAGAGCUGGUGGAACCUAUUACUCCUAGUGGAGAAGCGCCAAAUCAAGCUCUUCUCAGGAUCUUGAAGGAGACUGAGUUUAAAAAAAUUACAGUACUUGGCUCAGGAGCAUUUGGCACAGUGUAUAGGGGGUUGUGGAUUCCAGAAGCAGAAGGGGUAAAAAUCCCUGUCGCCAUUAAGGAGUUGCGAGAAGCCACAUCACCCAAAGCCAACAAGGAAAUUCUUGAUGAAGCGUACGUUAUGGCGAGUGUGGACAAUCCUUACGUUUGCCGUUUGUUGGGAAUCUGCUUGACCUCCACUGUCCAGCUGGUUACACAGCUAAUGCCCUUUGGGUGUCUUCUUGAGUAUGUUAGAGAGAACAAAGACAACAUUGGUUCACAGCAUCUCCUCAACUGGUGUGUGCAGAUCGCCAAGGGAAUGAAUUACCUUGAAGAAAGACGUUUGGUGCAUCGUGAUUUGGCAGCCCGAAAUGUUCUUGUCAAAGGUCCACAUCACGUCAAGAUUACUGAUUUUGGACUGGCAAAACUUUUGGGAGCUGAUGAGAAAGAGUAUCAUGCAGAGGGAGGCAAGGUACCAAUUAAAUGGAUGGCAUUGGAGUCGAUUUUGCACAGAAUUUAUACUCAUCAAAGUGAUGUUUGGAGUUAUGGGGUCACAGUAUGGGAAUUAAUGACCUUUGGUUUGAAACCAUAUGAUGGAAUCCCAGCCAGUGAAAUUUCAACUAUUUUAGAAAAAGGAGAACGUCUUCCUCAACCCCCAAUUUGCACUAUUGAUGUAUAUAUGAUCAUGGUGAAAUGUUGGAUGAUAGAUGCAGAAAGUCGUCCAAAAUUCCGGGAGCUGAGUGCUGAAUUUAGCAAAAUGGCUCGUGAUCCAUCUCGCUAUCUGGUCAUACAAGGAGAUGAUCAGAUGCAUUUACCUAUUCCGGCUGAGUCAAAGUUCCAUCGUGCAAUGGUGGAAGAAGACAUGGGAGAGCUUGUUGAUGCUGAGGAAUAUCUAAUACCACAUCAAGGCUUCUUUAGCAGCCCCUCAACUUCUCGAACACCACUUCUGAGCCCAAUGCAGGGACCACCUGCUCGAGAAGACAGCUUUGUGCAACGAUACAGCACCGACCCAACUGUUGUUUUGAAUAGCAGCAUCGAUGAUGAGUUCCUCCCUGCACCAGAAUAUGUCAAUCAAGUAAUUUCAAAAACAGCAAAUUCAACACUACAAAACCCUGUAUAUCUUAACCUGAAUCCAUCUGGAAAUACAAACCAGCAUUUGGAUAGCCCUUACCAGAAUUCCAACGGCAAUGGGCUUAAUGGUGUCAACAAUCCGGAGUAUUUAAACACAGGCCACACUCUUUCAUCAAAGCCAGAUUUUGACUAUCCUUUUAUCUGGGACAAUACUUUUAACAACCAAAUCAGUCUAGACAACCCUGACUACCAACAAGACUUUUUCCCUAAAGAAAUCAAGACCAAUGGACACUACAAAAUCCCUGCAGCUGAAAAUCCUGAAUAUUUAGGAUUGGCUCCCAAAAGUGACUAUAUUGAGGCUUCUGCAUGACCACAAUGAUAACUUUCCUAACAUUCCUUUUAUUGGACAUAAAGUUUGGUUUCAUUGGCCCUUGAGGUGAUGUAAAUACCUAUGGAAACCAGCUCUUGUAUGCAGAGUACUUGUAAAAUUAAUUUUCGGAUGUUUCACAGAUCAUUUUGGCUUUCAGUUCCUACCUGAACAGCAGAUAUGGCAAUUACUUUUCUUACAUUUUAUUUUCCUUUAAGAAAGGGACUUUUAUAUAGAGAUUUUUUUUUUUUAAAUAUUGUUUAUUCCUAUGCGUAUUUUUGUACAAUUUGUAUCAGUUUUAGCACCUUUCCUUUUGUGUUUGUAUAGAUUGUAUUCUCUACUACCUUGCAAAGUGGAGGAAGGUCCACAUUUUUAUGUUUAUGUGUCAUAUUCAACAACAGCUUUGAUAGGUGUACAAAUUCCUUAUAUUUUUAAUGAUUGACUCAAAUUUGUGUUUUAAUCAAAUGGUAUUGUGAUAGCAUGGCAUGAUUUUAAGUAUUGUGCACUUUUGUUAUCCUAGUUGUGGUGGACCUAACAAGCAGAAGACUGACCUUUGAAUAAAUAUGUUUUCAAAUUCACUUUGAAUGGGGAGGGAUUCCACACCAAAAAAAGUAUCUUCUCAAUUUAGUCAAUACAUUAAAAGAACCCAUAGAAGUACACUAAAACCAGAAAUAUAAAGUUCAUCAGAUAGUGUGUUAGUGGUAUGCAGAAUGACAAGGAUUUUUGGAGAAGCAAAACAUAGUGGCUAAAAAAACAUUCCAUGAUAUAUAUAUAGUGCCCAAGACAUGUGCGCACUCCUGUGCCUACCUUAGAAAGGACCUACGUUUCAACAAUGAAAACAAAGAGAAAAGAUAAAUGUGAUCAUAUAAGUGCAUUGGCUUGUUUUACAUUGUAUACUCAUUCUGAAUCAUGAAUUUUGAUUUCCAUACCCCUAUAAGUGAAGUACUUUAUGUAGAUAUGUCACAGAAACAUUACUUAAACUUAGAUGAGGUUUUUUUGUAUACUUUUGCUGAGCAAAAGAAAGUGUUUUCUAUCAACAUUGUUUUCAUAUAUUUAGAUUUGACCAAAAAGAAUAUGUGAUAUCUCCAUUAUACAUCCUAGAAUCUAGAUCCUUUUGAAAGACAUAAACGUUGAUAUGGUUCACUUUUUCCAUCGUUUUCUUUAUGAACAGCUAUAACUAGUCACAUUAGGAACAGAUGGUUCUGGGGGAAAAAACUGCAACAAAAAAACCCCAACAUUGCUUAUUCUAUUUUGAUGAGGCCUUGAGCCAAACAAUGGAUUAAUAUGUUAGUGUUGUGUCUGCUUGGACCAAAGAUGAAGGUAUAUAUAGAUAAAAUGAGUAUCCCUCUAAACCACGUUAGAAGUUAUUUCUAGUAUUCAAAGGUUACUGUUAAGCUAAAUUUAAGCAAAUCCCUAUUCUGCACAUAUUUUAUUGUAAUGGUCACAACUGUUUUCAGGAAGAAAUAUCACUAUUGUCAUUGAUGUAACACUUUUACUCAUUGUGUAUAGCAAAGUACUCUCGCUGCAUGAUGUGUAUAUAUAUACUGUAUAUAUAUAUAUAUAUAUAUCUGUAGCACUUAAAAUAAAACACCCAUUGUUACUACUGGCGAUUUGUGAAAGCAAAAUAUUUUACUCAAGUGAUGUAGCAUGUCCCUAAAAAAUAAUACAUGAAAGCCAUAACUUUAUAAUAUAUGUAUAUAUAUAAAAUAAUUAAAAAUAUUAGCCUGGAGUGCUAACAUAUUUAAGUAUAUGUGUUUGCAAUGUUUUUAAAUGACAUUGCACUAAAACAUUUUUUUUCUGUUCAAUCUAAGCUAAUUAUUUAAAAAUAUAUUACAAUGUUUUAUUGUUUUAGUUUUUUGACAAAUGGAUGUUUCUGUGAUGAACAAGCCAUUGUUUUAUGUAGACAUUAUUAGCCAGUGAGCAAUAAAUACUUGGGUAUCAAUUGUAGACAAACAUUUACAUCCUGUUUGUUUCACUUUAAAUGUAAUCAGUUUUUACGUAACCUUUUUAUGCAAAAAAAAUACUACUGUUUCAUAUACAUAAUUGAAAAUGUUUUAGUUCUAUGUCCCUUUAAAGAUAUUGAUUUUUAGUCUUUUUCAGGUUUAUUACCAAUAAUUUACAUUUUUACACCAUACAGUAAAACCCUAAUUUACCACGUAGAUGUUGGUUUCGUUUUUAGUAAUUGCCAAAUUAAAUUCUAUUUUUUA